AAAAAGAAAAUUAAAAAUAUUCGGGCAAGUAGAUGGCGAGAGGCCGAAAGCCAUGACCAUCUUUGUAGUUUGUCAUCCACUUUACACUGGCUCACUCGUAGUAUAUAAUAUAACGCUCUCGCAGGUCUCAUCAGCAUUCCAAAACCGUCCUCCUCUUCCAACCUCAAUCUGUUCCCGUGGCCCCUGACUUCGCCACCAUCUUUUUCCCCCUGAAAAACCCUUUUCUCUGUAUCUCUGUACGUGUUCGUGUGUCUUUGUGUUGCUCUACAUGCGCCAACAAUGGGCAACCUCUGCGCCUGCCUCUCACCCAAGCCAGUGAACAAAAAGAGACCAGCAAAGCGGUUUGCAAACCCGCAGGCGGUCUCUUCCAGUUCCAGUAACCGCUGGGCCCGUAUUCGAUCCUCGCGCAAGGAAAACUUCGACGACGCUUUAAUUCAAGAACAAGCUAUUGCCGCUGCCACCAUCAUCUUACAACAGCACAACGGUUCUCUGCCUUCCGAUCGGUGCGCUUCGCUACGGUACCCGAAUUCUGGGUCCAAGAAGAACCAGCUGCCUCGGAGUUCAAGCUCAAGGACUCGGUCACUCACUGACCCUCUGCUCCAGCCUCACCAGCUUGUUAAUCAGGAUAUAAAGCUUGAUGACCUAGAAACCAACCGUUUUGUUCUUGUCCAUGGAGGUGGCUUUGGAGCGUGGUGUUGGUAUAAAACAAUAGCACUUCUAGAAGAAGGUGGUUUCAGAGUAUCUGCCAUAGACUUAACUGGUUCUGGGAUUCAUGCAUAUGAUCCGAACAGCAUUACAGGUCUUUCACAAUAUGUAAAGCCACUUACCGAUUUGCUUGAAAAUCUUGCUGAUGGCGAGAAGGUGAUUUUGGUGGGACAUGAUUUUGGUGGUGCAUGUAUAUCAUAUGCAAUGGAAUCAUUUCCUUUCAAAAUUUCAAAGGCUGUUUUUAUUGGCGCGGCUAUGUUGACUAAUGGACAAAGUGCUCUUGAUAUGUUCUCCAAACAGGCAGGUACUAAUGAUCUAAUGCGACGGGCUCAGAUGUUUUUGUACACAAAUGGGAAUGAGCACCCUCCAACUUCUAUUGAUCUAGACAAAUCUUUGUUGAGGGAUUUGUUAUUCAACCAAAGUCCGGCCAAGGAUGUUGCUUUGGCAUCUGUUUCAAUGAGGCCAGUGCCCUUCGCACCAGUUUUGGAAAAGCUCUCUGUGACUGACAUGAAAUAUGGAUCUGUGAGGCGGUUUUAUAUAGAAACUCCUGAAGACAAUGCCAUACCCAUCACCCUCCAAGAGAGCAUGAUAAACUCAAGCCCCCCAGAACAGGUCUUUCGGGUAAAAGGCGCAGACCACUCACCUUUUUUCUCAAAGCCUCAAGCCUUACACAAAUUAUUGGUAGAGAUCUCGAAGAUCUCCUCGAUUUAAAAUCAGUCUCGUAGCUAGAUGGUGUCCAGAGGUUUCUCCCUGCCGAGGCUCCACUGACAUGAUAUAGGAAAACUAAUGUAUGCAGUUGCGAACAUAUCCAAGCUGCGAGUGAUCAUGUAAAUGCUCAUAACAUUCAAACAUUCUAUGUAGUGAUUCCAUCAGGAGAUAAAUAAUUUUCACGUUUUUCUUUCUGGGUUUUAAAGAAUGUUCAUGGAAUCAUGGUCAUGGAUACCGGACAUAUUAAUUCUGGGAACAGCAACUUGUUUUGAGGCAA